AUGUCACUCUCAGCUUUUCAAGUGCUAUUCACGGCAAUAGCUUUAUUGUUGGCGACCUUGCUCAUCGCUAUCAAGGUCAUUUUGGAAACCAAAAGAGACCUUCAUCCUAUUGCUUUGGCUGAACAAGCCAAUGUUGCUUCUACACGGAAGGAAAAGGAAACUGCUGUGUAUAGGAACUUUACGGUCCCGCCAGGAUUUCCCUUGACCACAGGAAUGGGUCUCAGUUUGGGUUACAGACUAAGAAAUGGGAAUUUUGGGGACUUAUGGUCCAGCAUCAUGGAAAUGGGCGAGACCAGCUACGUUGAGCUGAAUGGCUCAAAAUUUUCUCUGGCUACACUGAACGGUGAAGUAAAGCAGAUCCUAACAUCUUUUAAACAUUCGGCAACCGAACCAAAGCACAUCGGCAUUUGCAUCCCACCAACUGAGCAUGCUGGAUUUGUUCUGGCAAUUGCAGGGCUCAUGGGCUCUCUUCAAAAUGUGGUACCAGUAUUCAUGCCUAGCGUCCCCCGCUCCAAACAAGAUUUGCAGAUAAUAGCGGUAGACUCGUGGGAAACUGUGCGCCAAAUGGGUGAUAGUUGCCAGUGGUACGAAACGGUGAUUGUGUGCGACGUUGAAAAAUCCGAGCCUACUAGCUCCAACCAAACCAACGUUAUUACUUGGAAGCAGUUGAUGCUUGGCUGUUCAGAUGAUAACGAAUUCAAAUACACGCCUCCCCAAGACAAUAGUGACGAUAUGAAAGUGAUGGCUCUGAGCAAGUCCUCGUUUGGGAGCACUACUAGCUUCACUCACAUGGCUCUAGUCAGCAGUGUUGCCGCUUUCAUAAAGUCGUUUCCCCUACAUCAUGAACUCAGCUCCCAUGACCACAUCAGCGUUAUCUUAGACAACAAGUCAACCGUCCAAGAUCCUAUUCAGAUUUUUCCCAAAGUGCUCGCCACAUUACUUCACGGCGGAUCAGCAUCCAUUCAGUCUCAUUCUCCUUCAGAAACUCUUGAGCGGUGCCUGAACCGCGACACAACGCUUCUUCAAAUAAGUGAUACCAGCUCUCUGCUCGACUCACAGCUAAUGCAACCUUUAUCGAUGGUGCAGAGGUUUAAAUUUGCAGUUGCGUCCAACUUCCUCAGUGAAGGUGUGUUCACCUCUUCCGCACUGAUUUCAGUAGCCUUCAAAAAGCUGAGAUGUGUUUACCUCUACAGUCCGGUGAAGGACGUCAAGACCGUUUCGCUUAUGACACUCGUUACAUCAAAACCAGUGCAUGACAGCAUAAAAAAGACAAGGCCAACAAAGUUUUUGAAUCGAAUGCGAGCACUAUUAGGUUGCAGGGUUGUUGUGGAGCUGUACUGUCCGUUCCUUGUUUUGGGACCGAUCGCGGCAACCAAUUACUUCGACUACAGGGUGCUUCCAGCGCAGGCUGACAGCAAAGUUACCAAUUACGGGCCCAUUUGCACGUCGCUCGAAGCUAAGCUAGUGGAGGACGACAGCAAUCAAACCCUCAAUAUAACAAAGCGUCAAGGAUUGCUGUGUUUAAGAGGUUUUACAAUCGGCAAACCAAUGGCGCUGGACUUGGCCAAGAAAUUUGAUGGCGGGGAAGGUUGGAUGCCUUUGCCGGGGGUGAUUUGCUUGUGGGGUCAAGAUGGAUGUCUUUAUGAAUACAAAUAG